GCGGCGGUGGCGGCAGCUGCGGCGGCCGCCUAGGGAGCACAGCCGAUUGCCUCCUGGGGCUGCCGCGAGUGCGGGGAGACUGAGCGAUCGGUGGAGCCCGGGCGGCGGGGCCUAGCAGCGGAUUGGCCAACGGCUCCUUUCAACCCUGCCUCGUUGGUGGCCACUGGAGAAGCGCGGGGGGCUCCCCAGACAGCCGUGGGGACAAGUUAGAGCCAGCACUUUACCCCGGGCCUCGCGUGUAGCUGUCCCUCCCCUGUUCUAGGUGCCCCAGUGUCCAGAGGGUUCGCGUGCGGGUGUGCCCUCCUUACAUGUUCCACCGCCCGGGCAACCCUUCGGUCUCGUGUUCCAUCUCGCUCUUGCUUCCUGUACCAUAGUCAAGUGGAGCCACUUUGCAUCAUGUCCCGGUAUAGCUACCAAACUCUCCUGGACUGGCUCUAUGGGGGUGUCGACCCCAGUUUUGCAGGCAAUGGGGGCCCCGACUGUGCUGCCUUCCUGUCUUGGCAGCAGCGGCUGCUGGAAAGUGUGGUGGUCCUGACCCUGGCCCUGUUGGAGAUCCUGGUGGCCCUGCGGCACAUCCUGAGGCAGAUGGAGGACGGUAGGGGUGGCCUUGGCAGCCAGCCACAGCAGGUGACCCAGCGGCCAAAGGAAGGCAAGGAGAGCCUGAGCAAGAAUCUGCUCUUAGUAGCCCUGUGCCUGAUCUUCGGGGUGGAGGUGGGCUUUAAGUUCGCCACCAAGACCGUCAUCUACCUGCUCAACCCUUGUCACCUCGUCACCAUGAUGCAUAUCUUCCUCCUGGCCUGGCCUCCAUGUCCGGGAACUGUAGUCGUCUUCAAGUUACAGAUGCACAUGUUGAAUGGAGCUCUUCUGGCAUUGCUAUUUCCUGUGGUGAAUACUCGGCUGCUCCCCUUUGAACUGGAGAUUUACUACAUCCAGCAUGUUAUGCUCUAUGUGGUCCCCAUCUACCUACUUUGGAAAGGAGGUGCUUACACCCCAGAGCCCCUCAGCAGUUUCCAGUGGGCUCUUCUCUCAACGGGUCUCAUGUUCUUUUACCACUUCAGCAUCCUGCAGAUCCUCGGCCUGGUCACCGAAGUGAAUUUGAACAACAUGCUGUGUCCGGCCAUCUCAGACCCAUUCUACGGCCCCUGGUAUCGCAUCUGGGCCUCGGGACACCAGACUCUCAUGACCAUGACCCACGGGAAGCUGGUCAUCCUGUUCACAUACAUGGCUGGGCCCUUGUGUAAAUAUCUGCUGGAUUUGCUCCGGCUUCCAGCCAAGAAAAUAGACUGAAGGUGCUUGGAUUUUGGUUUUUUAUUUUGUUUUUUGUUUUGUUUUGUUUCUCGCUGAGAAAGCAAGUCCUGAUUUGACCCAGAGAACACCCAGUUCUUGACAAAAUCAUGGGAAAGGGCAAUAGUAUCCUUGGUCUAUUUCCUUUUUUCCUCCUCUCUGUCCCUUUCUUCCAAUCUUCCCUUCCCAGAUGUUCCCCAUGGAUAGCUUUUUGUAUCCAGGGAACGUGCUGGCGAUGGAGCUUCUUCCUUUCUUCCCCUGGGCUCUGGGGCCCCACUGUGCCCCACUCUCUGCGUGGCCUUACCCGGGGAAAUGGUAGUCAGUGGCCCCUUUCACACUGCUUGUUGGUGCUUUUAACAACAGCCAGUUGAGGAAGCAGGGAACAAAAAGCAGUAGUUCUUCCAGCAUCCCAGCAGUGAAAUGAUGUUGGGUUCAUUUCUCCACUGCCAGGGACCUCCAGGCUCAUGCUGGGAUCCCCUUUAAUCUCCAGCAUAGCUCCCACCAGAAGGGGACCAAGGCCUUGUUUCUAUACCAGUGGCAAAGCCCAGAGCCAAGGGACUUCACAGCUCAUAGUCAAAAUAGAUUCUUCCAGUGACUAGUGUCCCAUGACUCACAGUAAGGAGCCACCGAGCCAAUCCUUCUAGGCGCUGCCUGGGAUGGAUGGUGAUAGCAAUGUACAGCCCAAGGGCAAGAUUCUGUAGAGAGGUGUGUUGAAUGUGAAGUAAGAGGGUAAAGGUGUACAUAGUACUAGGCAGGACAACCCCCCCCCCAAAAAAAAAAAUCCUUUACUAUGAAAGCUGAGAUCAGAUCUACAUCCCAGUCUGAAUCGAGCACAGAAAUUAAGAAAUAAAUGAAGUUGAGUGGCAACUUGAGAAAGCCAUGAUCUGAAUCACACUCUGUGUUACAUGCAUUAUUAAUAGGCAGCAGUCUAGUCUCAGCUGCCCCUUGAACCAUCCUCAUUGUCUCUGUAUGUGUCUGUUUAUUCCUCUUUGUCUGAAGCUGCUUCAGGGAGGAGUGAGCUUGGGUUGGGGCUUGGGUGCUGUUUGGCUGUUUGUCUUUUGGAUGUCUGAAAUGGGGAAACUCUUGUAUUUCGGAAAGGUAUUCUCGAGCCAUUCGUGGCACUUAGAGGACAUGUCCAUUGCUCCUGAAGGCAGUUUCAGGAAGGUUAGAUAUCUUUUGUGUGGCUAGACUCUACAGCUUGACAAUGUCCAAAGCCCAUCUGUAGAUUAAAAGGGAACCACCAGUGGAUCAAGUCCUCUGAAGGGAGGUGCUUUGGUUGAAAGGUACUUAGUCAUAUGUGGACCUGAAAAGUACUUAGUCAUGUGUGGACCACAAAAUGGGUACAGGUGUCUUUGUAGUUGCUGACUCCUUGGCAACCUUUAGUAGGAAGAAAUUUGCUUAAGAAUAGAGAGAAGUGUGUAACAUGACUACCCCAAUACCCUGUGCCAGUUGCAGUAUUCAGUGUGAGUUUGUGGGUAUUAGGCCUAAACUGAGCUUCAGUGACUUGGUGGCCAUGAUUUUACAAAAUGGAUUUGCAAGGAAAACAACUGCAGGAGAGUCUGUCAGAGGAAAUGGAAACUAAGGGAAGCUUCUCUGGGAGGGGCCACCUGACCAUGACGUGAUCGAGUCUGAAGUACUGAAAGUAAGAAAGUAAGAACUCAUACUAUGCUUCUUCCCUUUGAGCUCAUGCCAUGGCAUCUCCCCUCUCUGCCAUUUGUGAGGGCCAUGCCAAGCUUCCCUUUGCUGUCUCUUACCCUCACUUUUUCAGUUGCUGGUUUGCCCUUUCCACUUCGAGAAGUCGGGGAAUGCAUAGAACAUGUGAAGGCCUCCCUGAUCCUGAACCUCUCUAUAAAAUAAGAGUGUGGAGAAGAGGUCAUAGGAAAAGAGUCCAUGAGGCUUGACUCCGCUCCUGCCACAACAUGGAGCUGCUAUCUGCAGUGAUGUAGGGCCUCGGCUGAGGGAAUCAAUUCCAGAAUGCCACAGAGGUGGGAGUACCUCACAUGCUUCUUCCCCAUCUGAGGCAUCAUGGCCCAGGUUGCUAAGGCAUCUUGGUUUGCCCUGCAUUGGCAUUCCUCCAGUAGCCUGCCUCUGCUUUGGCACCAGCUCAGCAGACGAUUUCUGGUAAGCAUUUCCUAGUGCUCAAAGAAAGAGAGGAAAUUCAAAGCCGUGUUGCCUGGCAUGGCCAGGCCAGAGUCAGACAUACCUAUUGGGAAGAAAAUGAAAGGGGGCAUACAGGGGCCUAGGUUGACUCAUACAUAAGGAAGUUAAAGAAACAGAUUGUGGCGCCUUUAACAGAUUCCGUAGGGAGCCUUAGCCUGCAUUUAAGGUGUUGGAGAACAGGGAACAUCUUCACUGCCUAAAUCUCACUCUUUCCUUGGUCUGAGCCCACAUGGAGAUAUGUCUUAGCACUUUGUCUUAGGAGUUGCCCCCAAGUAUGUCCAAAAGCCUGCACUUUACUGUCUGUGGUACAAGAAAAGAGAAGACAGUUUGCCCUGACUUUGUAGCUCCUCCUCAGGCCUCUCUUGUCUGCAGGAAGGCUGUUUGUUCCCUAACCACCUUGGCCAAAGUUCUAUGUGCAAUCUACCAGCAUGUGUGGGCUCUGUGCCUGUGUGAGAAUGCUAGAGAGAUGGCCAGUAAGAGGGAUCAAUGCAUCCUCAAGCCCUCCUUGUCCAUGGUCAUGGGGCUGGGUCAACAAGUACAGUUGGCUAAGCUGUCUUCCCUGCUUAAAAGUCCCCACCCCCAGUAUCCGGUUGGGUAUAUAUAAGACUUGGCCCAGUAUCCUCUCAGAAGCCUAGCAGCAUGUUCUUCUGUCAUUCCAUGACAUACUGUGGGGUUGGGGAGCCACCACCUCCACCUUUCUAAGUCUGUCCUUCAUCUUUCUGUGGACUUCUUUGUAAGGGUGGGGGUGGUCUACGGGGUCUACAUGGGCUAAGUGGGGUCAGCAGUGCACUUUUUUCUAUGGUUCCUCAGCCUUCCUGCCAGACUAUCCCUUUUGAUAUAUAGCCUCUGUCAUGGGUUUGCUUUGUGUGAUCAUGGAUGAUUCAGUGUUUUAUGAUAUAAUUACACAUUUCUCAUGGAUAGAUAAGUGUCAGCAGGGCUCUAUGCAGUAGAACUGGGGUUAGGUAAUGCCCAGAGUUGGGAUAGGUGUUGAGGAGAUGAUAAAGGGCCCUUUAAACUCUCCAGCUUCUAAAUAGACUUCCCUGGAAUUCUGUCACUUGUCUUCUGUGGAAGAAGAGUUUCUUAAUUUGUUUCUACUGCAAGCGAGGCCUGGAGGGGAGGAAAGCUGGGAGGUUGGGGGGGGGGGGCUUCUGAUGCUGUAGGACAAGAUAUUGCUGCUGGUUUUAGUGAGCCAGGACCAGGCCUCUCAGGUAACUUGGGAAGAUCCCAGACCCAGAAGAGGUGUCCUGUCUCCUCCUGGCCCUGCCCUUUCUGAGGGAGGAGCCUAUUAGAGGAGUCAGUCUUCCUCUGGCAUGUGCAAUGAGUUCAUUGUGCACAAGAAGACCAAAGCUGCUUGCUCUUGCCCUUGUCUGUGACACUUUUAUACACUGAUUUGCCACUCAUGGCACUGAGCAGACCUCCAUCCCUACUCAGUGAAAAACAAAAUAAAAACAAAAGUCAUUUUGAUGUUUUGGAUGAUGUUUUUGGAAACUCUUGAUUGAUUUUGGUGUCAGUGUUAUGUUAGAUUUUAAAGCAUUUUUCAUUUAUUUGAUGUAAUUGUAGUGAAGAGAACAGGAUUGAAUGGUAUACAAUUAUUUCUUCUGGGCAUUGGUGAAAGCCUCCAUCCUUCUUCUCAAGCUGAGCCUGCCAUGUACCCUCAUGUGCAGGGUUCUCCUGGGAGCCAGUCUCUGAAAUCCCUAGAUGGCAGCAAGAUGGAGCCUCUUUGUCAGGCUGCUUCUGGGGCGUUCCUCCCCACCUCCAGUCUACCUCUCCUCUUUGGGUGUUUUUGUAAUGUAUUUUCUCUGUUUUGUAAAAUCUCUUUGAUUGUACUAAAGUGGUUUCUGCAACCACCUUUGGAAAUAAAUGGUCCUUAAUUUGUGUACUUAGCAUUUUGAAUUUAGCCUCAGGUGUUUCUGCUGUUGAAGAUCCCUGAAUGAAAGGAACCCUCCCCAUGGGACUUAUUGUUACUAUGUUUUCUUCAUUUACUGUUAUUAAAAGAUUUAUGAGAACUCA